AAAAAAACACAGUUCGCUCGGUGACGUGGCGUGACCUAAAUCAAUCAAAUCACCAAAGAUAUUAUCUCACUUUUUCUAUAUUUUUUUUUUGAAGGGGAAUCUCCAAAGAUAACUAACAAAGAAAUAUCAGCUCGUUUUUGCGCGCAAAUGCCAUUCUCCUCUUUAUUCUCCCAAUUCUAGCAAGUUUAGCGUUCACACUCCAUGAAUGAUAUGAAAUGUUAUAGCAACAUAGCUACUGUCUCUCUCUAAUCUCUGUAAUCUCUAAUCUCCCAUUCUUCGUUGCUUCAAUCUCUCUGUAUUUUAAUUCGCUCCCAUUCUGCCACUGAAUCAGAAUGGGGAAAUGCUACAUUGCUGGUCUACUGAUUUGCGCUCUUGUUGUGAUGAAUGUUGCUCAAGUCCAUGGCGAUACCAACGUCACUAUCACUUUUCUCGACAGUGCCAUAUCUAAAGGAGCAGUUUGUCUAGAUGGAAGUGCGCCGGCUUACUCUUACGUUGAGGGAUUUGGAAACGGAUCUCAUAGUUGGAUAGUUUAUUUGGUGGGUGGUGGAUGGUGUAGCCAAAUAUCCGAGUGUCGAGACAGAUCAAGUUCGAGGUUGGGGAGUAGUCAUUUGAUGGGUUCUCAAACCACAUUCUCAGGGAUAUUGGAUUCAAAUUGCACAUUUAAUCCCGAUUUCUGCAAUUGGCAUAAGGUUUUCAUUUAUUACUGUGAUGGUUCCUCAUUUAUGUCGAAUAUUGAACAAAUUGAUCCGAAGAUAAACCUCACUUUUAGGGGUGCAAGAAUCUUUAACGUUAUGAUGGACGAAAUGCUUGCUAAAGGAAUGAGAAAUGCCCAGAAUGCUAUACUAACGGGGACCUCAGCUGGUGGACUAGCAACGAUCUUACAUUGUGAUAAGUUUCGAAAACUGUUUUCCGAUGCCAUUCGAGUCAAGUGUAUUUCUGAUUCCGGCUUUUUCAUGCAUGGAGAGGGUCACCAUGGAUACGAGAACAGGGAAAACUUUUUUGCUAAUGUGAUUAAAACACAUAAAUUGGCCAAUUCUUUGUCUCCGGCAUGCACAUCAAAGAGGAAUUCGAGUUUGUGCUUUUUCCCUGAAUAUUUGGUUGAGGAUAUCCAGACGCCACUCUUUAUGCUAGAAUCAGCUUUUGAUCGAUUUCAGCUAACAUCACUCGUAUUAGGCAUCACAAAUUGCACUACUUACUUAACGAGAUGCAAUUCCACUGAAUUAGGAAUUAUGAGAGAUUUUCGAUCGACAUUCAUAAAGACAUUAGAGCAACGAGUCCAUAACUCUUCGAAUAGAGGAAUGUUUGUUCAUUCUUGCUAUCUUCACGACCAUGUCCUCAAAUCAGAUGAAUGGACAUGUCUCGCAAUUGCAAAUAGAACAAUGAGACAAGCGGUUGCGGAUUGGUAUUUUGAUCGAAGUUCUUUUCGAGAAAUAGAUACUAAAAAUGAUUCGCCAAGAAACUGUACAAAUAAAUUUUGCCAGUAGUUGAUAAACUGUUUAAAUGCAAUUAGUUAAUAUAAUAGUUUUAAAUAUUUGUUAUUUUCUAGUUA